AUGAAAUUUAAGUUGAACUGCGGGGAGAAAAAGAACCUCAUCAGCGUAAGCAUUAGGAAAAAUGAUCAGAGUGACAGGAGCAAUCACAUAAAUGGGAGGAGCAGCCCCCAUGUGAGUAGCACCCCCCAUGUGAGUAACAGCCCCCAUGUGAGUAACAGCCCCCAUGUGAGCAGUGCCAACACGCCCAGCAACAACAUUAGUGGGAUGGUUAAGAGGAGCCCUCUCGAAACAGGCCCCGUAAAGGGGGUAUCCAAAAAUAUCAAAAUAAACCUCGCGGGGUCCAAGGGCAUUAUGCAAAAAAGCGGGAUCACCACCAAUCGAGUAAACCACGCGAACUCGAACAGUUCUGUAACGACAGACAACCUUAGCAGCAGUAGCGUCAGUCAUGCGAAGCAGGUCGGCGGUAAUGUCAGCGCCCCGGGAAAGGCCACCACCCCCAGGAAGGCCACCACCCCCGGAAAGGCGACCACCCCGAACAGCAACCCCCACGAAAGCACAACCUUCAACGAUAGUCUAAACCUGCACGACAGUGUAAGCUUUAACGACAGCUUAAGCCCCAGCGAGAGCAACAAUUUGAGCGGCAGCCAGAACUUGAGUGGCAGCCUGAACUUGAGCGGAAGUCUCAACAUGAACGGUAGCCUGAACAUGAACGACAGCGCGAACCUGAACGAGGCGGGCAUCAACUGUGAAAACCUGAACGGCACUGGGAAUGUGAGUGAGCACGUCAGUAGCGGUGGAAGCGGCGUUGGGGUAAACGUGGCAAACAAGCCAAGCGGCGAGAGGGUUCAGUUACGCCACGGAAACAAGUCCCUCCUCAAAAGUAACCUAAAGAUAUACUACAAAAAUGAGUUAAUCCCCCUUUCGUUCCUUUACCAUAAAAUCCUGACGAUACUAAAGUCGCACUAUACUAACCAUGUUACGAACAACCCAGGCGUGGCAAACAAAGGCAUAUCAUUUUUCCACAUAGAAAACAUGUUAAUAAAUUUGGGGUUCAAAGGGGUGGACAUAAGUAACCAUGCUCUGCUGAGCUAUUUGGCUUCAUCGAAGCAAAUAAAAGUUGACUUGAAUGAAAAAAGAAUCUGCUACAUGAAUCCCUACGUGGACAUAACAAGCGUCACUUCUUUGUUAAACAAAAUAAAUAAAAAUGGGUUUCUCUACGGAUACGAAAUUAAUGAUGAUUUAAUUAACACCAAUAAAGACAUCUAUAAAUGGAUUAACACGCUGCUUCACGAAAAGAAAGUUCGCUGCAUACGAUCGAAUAACAGCCAUUUGAGAGGAAAAUUAAAGUGUAAACAUUUGCCAUCCUUUUGUGAUAUCUAUGCAAAAAAUAAAUGUGACAACUGUUUUUACAAUUUAAAGGGGUAUAUCUUCUUCCCUCUUUCUUAUGAACACAUAGAACAGCAGCGCUACUCCAUCACGAACGAUAUUAAAAAUCUGUGGGACGAAAUUACGCUGCCCAACCUUGACAACAUUUUAAAAGAAUACAAAUUGAAGUCCACCAACAAAGUCUUCGUGCAUGAAAAUGCCCCCAAGAGGAAAAACAAGGAGGACAAGUUCGCGCCCGUCGUUAAGAAAAUGAAACGGAUUUACAACACCCACUUGUUCACGGCCGACGAGAUUAAAAAUGAGUUCAUACAGAAGAAGUGA